AUGUUUCGUUAUAACGUGGCAUGUGUCGAGACAUCAAAGUUCAUAAUAAAUGACAAGCUGAAAAAACUAAAAAGUUCCAACUCUGUCGUCAAUACCAACUCCAAUUCAAAUGCAAUCAAUUCAGUUUCGGCGGGGUAUAAUACAAGCAGUACAAGCGUUCUUAAACAACAACAACAUCAGCAGCAACAUCAACAACAAAUAUUAUACCAUCACCCGCAAUAUCAUCAUCUACAAACUGCUCUACAAGCAACUACUAAAAUUCAGCAGUUGUCACCAACGCAAUCUUUAUCUCCUGGUGUAUCUAACAUUAACCUUAAUUAUACUGGUAAAAUUACGCAAUUGGACUCAAGACUGUUGCAAAAUAGUUCCAAAAUAUCAAAUCAACAAACAUAUAUAUAUGACGAUGGCAUUAAAUUAUCAACAGAUUCAACAGCAGGAACAGCAGCAGCAGGACAAGAACUAUGCGUCGGGAGUAAUGAUAUUACCUCAUCGCUUUUAUCCCGCUCCACCUCCUCAGCAAAUCCUUCAAAUCGUAUUUCGAUAACAUCGCCUGCUACAAAUAGUAGUAAGAUACAAGUAGUAUCUGAACAUAAAUUAUUGAAAUCAACCGGAGUAAAUUCAUCCAACAUGUCAACGUCAACGUCAACAAGUACACCUGGAAAUUUAUCAAAUAUUGCUGUCGCUGCUACAUCUCCCUUAUUAUUAUACACUUCGCAACAAAUGAAUAUAAACAAUAAUAGCAAUAAUAAUAAUAAUAGUAGUAGUAGCGGUAGUAGUACUGCAAGUAGUAGUUAUAAUAGCAAAAAGGCUGAAAAACGUCCUUCUUCCUCCUCAUCACACUCAUCUGCAAUAAGUAAUAGUCAUCAUUCGCAUUUAAUGCCAGCGGGUAUGUCAUCUCCAACUGUAUCACCUAGUAAACGUUUAAAAAAGGAAUCAAGCUCCAGUCGUAAAAGCAGUUCCCCCUCAAAUUAUUCUCGUAGUAGUAGUUCAGUUUCAUCAUCAAGCUCAUCUAGUACAUCAGCAAAACGUGAAAGUUCUUCUGCAUCAACAAGUAGCGCUGUACCUACUUCUUCUUCUUCUUCAAAUUCGGCAACGUCCUCUACAAAAUUUAUAAAUAUACAUGAAAAAAUCAAAGAAUUAUAUACGGAUAUGCUCUCAAACGACAUAAAUUCGUUUCUGGAAAGUGGGGUAAGUCACUAUAGUAUACAAUAA